AUGCAGGAUAGCCCAUACACCCAGACCUCCCUGCCUGAGUUAGUACAGUCCUACUACGAUGGCAGUGGCUCUUCUGAUGUGCUAGACACUGCUCUGGGCAGCCUGGCAGCACUGCCCGUGCAGGACAUGUCUGCCAUGAAGCAGCACCCGUACCGCUUGCCAAAUGGGUUUUUAGGACAAGUCUUCCUUCUGAUCUGCUCUUCUUUGCUGGGAGCCUUGGAGCUGAGUGUCCAGCUGGCCCUGCUGCUCCUGCUUUCCUCCCCAUGGGCCCGUGCCAGUGCUCUACGGGGUCAGAUUGUGGGGGGCCACGAGGCUCAGCCCCACUCCCACCCUUACAUGGCAUACCUGAAGGUAGGGUUGUUUUCCUGCGGAGGCUUCCUGGUGGCCCCUAACUGCAUGAUGACAGCCGCACACUGCAUGGGGAAUGCCACGGUCAUCCUUGGAGCUCACAACAUCCACGAACCAGAAACAACCCAGCAGGUCCGGGGAGUUCUCAGUUACCACCGGCACCCGGCACUGAAUACAACCCCAACACCGUGUCUAGACAUCAUGCUGCUCAAGCUGGCAACAAAGGUCACUCUCAAUGACUACGUCAAGACCAUUCAACUGCCCAAGACCAGCAGUGACCUCCCCACGGGCACCAGGUGAAGCAUAGUGGGGUGGGGCAUGAUCGAUGAUGUCCAGGCGACCAACAAGCUCUUUGAAACCAAAGUCUCCGUCUACAGCCACAGGAAAUGCGUCCACUUCUAUCCAAAUCUCAACACCGGCAUGGUCUGUGCUGGCAGCUUCCAUGAGCUCAGGGAUUCCAGCCAGGGAGAUUCUGGUGGGCCCCCGGUAUGCAAUAAGGUGGCACAAGGCAGUGUUUCCUUUGGGUACGACACCCCGCCUGGUGUCUACACCCGCAUCUCCAACUAUCUGCCCUGGAUCAAAAAAACCCUGAAGACCCAGGACCGCACUUACAGAGAAAGAGCAGGAGGGUCCUUAACUGUGACUGCACUGUCUUUGGAACUGUUUAAUCAGAUGAGUCUGACUUCUGUGGUUUCCUGGAGUCUAGUGUCAGGCUAUAAAACCUUGCUGGGAGCAGGAAGAGACCCCAGCUGCAGCCUCACCUCCAAGGGAUCCACUGAAGCUGAGGACGCUACGAUGAAGCACCUGCAGAAACUCCUGCUCUCCCUCCUGCUGGUGACAUGCCGCUCAGCUAAAGCCAAUUAUGCCUGGAAUCGGAUGGAGGGAGGACGUGAAGUCAAGACCCACUCCACACCCUACAUGGCCUAUCUGCAAGGAAAGAACAACCAUUUCUGCGGAGGCUUCCUAGUGGCCCCGAACUGGGUGAUGACAGCGGCACAGUGCUUCAUACACAAACCUCUGACUGUCAUCCUUGGAGCCCACACAAUCCAGAGGAGAGAGGAAAGCUGGCAAACAUUUGAAGUCCAAGAGUAUCACUGCCACCCAGACUUCAUGAGUCCUAAGAAGGGAAAUGACAUCCUCUUGCUGAAGCUGAAAGGCAAUGCCACCAGCAACAGCUACGUUAAGACCAUUUCCUUUGAAAAAUCAAAAGUCCCUGGUGGGACUGCAUGCAGCAUAGCUGGCUGGGGCUACAAAACACCUGCUGCCACAUUAUGCGAAGCCACCGUCACCAUCAUCAAACAAAGGGACUGCCUCAGCCACUAUCCAGGACUUGCUGACAACUUGAUUUGUGGUCGCAGUGAAUCUGCUGGGGUACCUGAAAAGGGUGAUGCUGGGGAUCCACUCGUCUGCAACAACAAAGCCUAUGGCAUCUUCUCCUAUAGGCACAACAAUUGGCCCGGUUUCUACACACACAUUGCUCCUUACCUUCCCUGGGUCAACAGUGUCAUGAAGUCAGCAUGACCCUAAUCUCCGCUCAGCUGCUGCCCUGGAAAACUCAUGCUUCAAGGCCCCAUGCUCACCUGCUUUUAAUUCCUUUCUCCCUGGGAAACAUCUAUCACUGGUCCUUAUGGACAUGGCAAGGACUUCUCUCUGGCAAAGCCAAACUAUAACAGUGACAGGCUUGGCACAGAGGUCGCACGUCAACUGUGUUUGCUCCUUGUGCAAGCUGGAGAGUGCAUAUUUACACAGUGCAUGCUCCCACACUUUGCUGCUCUGAUUUACCCCUUUGUCAAGCUGCUUGUGGCUACAGCUCUAGAAAGGAAGCAGCAGGACAUCCCCAAGUGAGGUGAUAGUAGCUGUUCGGAUGUCUGCUACCCUUUGGGGAAGGCAAUACAAUUAGAUCAGGAGGAUCCAAAGAGCAGCCUCCUCCCAUGCCAUUGCAUCUGUGACACCAGGUGCCUGAGUCUCCUUUGCCCAAGCCCUGGGGUUAGAUGGUUGCUCCCACUCCAAGGAGGACACUUUCAGCUCCUGCUUCACUACCGCUGCUGUUAUCCCCUACCUCUGAAAGCUGCUGCCUCCUUUCUCCCCUCUUGCUGUAGCUCCAGUGUUGUAUGAAUCUGUAAAAACAAUAAAUUGCACCUGCAUUUGAGAGCCUU